CUUCCCGGCAGAAGGAUGGCGAGCAGCGCAGCGACUGCUGGAGCCGCGGCUGCGGCGGCCGAGAAGGAGGCGAGCCAGCAGAGCAGCCUGGGCGCCUACUCGCCCGUGGAUUACAUGAGCAUCACCAGCUUUCCCCGGCUGCCCGAGGAGGAGGCGGCGGCGGCAGGAGGAGGAGGAGGAGGGGGCUCGGAGAGCUGCCUCCGCUCCCGCAAGGAGGAGGAUGCCUUCCUCGGGGAGCAGGAGACCGACCCCGAUUCUUUCUUAAAGUCUGCUCGCCUUCAGCGCCUGCCUUCCUCUUCAUCGGAGAUGGGCAGCCAGGAUGGCUCACCCCUUCAGGAGACCACCAAGGACCCAUUCUCUGGGGAUUGCAGCUGUCGCCAGGAUGGUUUGACUGUGAUUAUCACCGCCUGCCUAACCUUCGCUACAGGAGUCACGGUGGCCUUAAUCAUGCAGAUUUACUUUGGAGACCCUCAGAUAUUUCAUCAGGGUGCCGUAGUCACUGAUGCUGCCCGAUGCACUGCUUUGGGGAUCGAGGUGUUAAACAAGCAAGGCUCCUCGGUGGAUGCAGCCAUUGCCUCAGCCUUAUGCUCAGGAAUUCUUAAUCCUCACACAGCUGGACUUGGAGGUGGAGGAGUAAUGCUGGUUCAUGAUAUCCGGAAGAAUGAGAGCCGGGUGAUUGACUUCCGAGAGACUGCCCCAUUCAAUAUCCAAGAAGAGGGACUUAGGAAGGCUUGGGAAACAAAGCCGGGCCUCCUGGUUGGCGUUCCAGGCAUGGUCAAAGGGCUCCAUGAAGCACAUCAAUCUUAUGGGAGGCUGCCAUGGAGACAGCUGCUGGGUCUUGCUGCAGAUGUAGCCCAAGAUGGAUUCAAUGUCACACAUGAUUUAGCAAUGGCUAUCAGAGAUGUGAAAGAACAGCAUAACUACUCAGACAGAUUCAAAGAGAUUUUCCUUCCGGAUGGCCAGCCCUUGCUGCCUGGCAUGUUUAUGAGAAGGCCUGAUCUGGCUGCGCUUUUACAUUUAUUAGGGUCAGGAGGGGUCUCAGCUUUCUACAGUGGAAAUGUGACACAAGAAAUUAUUUCAGAGGUCCUUAAAUAUGGAGGCACCUUGUCUGAAGAAGACUUUAGUAACUACACCGUCUUGAUGGACAAUCCAGUCCAUACAAUAUAUCAAGGUCAUCUUGUCCUGAGUCCAUCACCUCCACAUGUUGGCCCUGCUCUGAUUACUGCUCUGAACAUCCUUGAGGGUUUUAAUAUUACCAGCCAAGUAGCCAGGGAAAAUAUUCUCCAGUGGAUAACAGAGACACUGAAAGUAGUUCUGGCACUAGCUAGCAGCCUGGGAGACCCAUUCUAUAAUGCAUCCAUUUCUCACAGUGUGGAAGACAUGAUGAGUAAAUCUAAGGCAAACUUCCUCCGUCAACAGAUUGACUCCCAGCCUUUCCCCUCUGAUCUUCACAUCCCACAUUUUUCCAUGGAAAGUGGACCUUCUGCUAGCCAAGUUCUUGUCAUGGGACCAGAUGACUACAUUGUCGCUGUUGUAAGUUCCUUGAAUCGUCCAUUUGGAAGUGGAAUAAUGACUUCAUCUGGAAUCCUUCUAAACAGUCAGAUGCUGGACUUCUCAUGGAUGAAUGAAACUGAAGAUCAUUCCAGUCCCAGUUUGAUGAAUUCCAUACAACCAGGGAAAAGGCCUUUAUCUUUCUUGCUACCCACUGUUGUUCGGCCAUCAGAAGGAAUGUGUGGAACCUACCUUUGUCUGGGAGCCAAUGGUGGAGACAAAGCUUUGAGCAGCAUUACACAGGUUUUGGUGAAUGUUUUAACAUAUAACAAAAACCUGAGUGAGAGUCUUUCAUUAGGCCGGCUUCAUCCUCAGAUACAAUCUAAUAUCUUGGAAGUUGAUAGUGAGUUUCCCGAAGAAGAUAUCAACUACUUCACAAGCAGAGGUCAACAAGUGAACAAAGUUGACAUCCUCUCUCUGGUUCAUGGAGCUAGAAGAACCAAUAACUUCAUAAUUGGUGUAAAAGACCCAAGAAGUAUGGAUGCAGCAGGGGCUACAAUAUUGUAGCGAUUCUGCGUGGGCUGGUUCAUGAAAAAUGGCUUUUUCCAAAAUACCUUGUGCAUGUUUCCAAACAAUCCCGUUAUCAAUUCCCCGUUAUGUGGAACAAACAGUGUUUGUUGUGGGUUUCUACAUUGCUAAAUAGAUCCCCCCAGCACUAAAACAAUGCAGCAGCGAAGGCUGAUAAAAGGCACAAUACAG